AUGCCGAUACAUAGUGGUUUUUUGUGUGAUGGCUGUAAAAUAAAAGAUUUCGAAGGUUUACGAUAUCAUUGCGAAAUCUGCAUCGAUUACGAUUUAUGUGAAAAGUGUCAUGAUGACGGGAAAGAAAGUUUACAACAUUUAAAUGUACAUUCUAUGGAACGCAUUUCAGAUUCCAGUCCAUCUCAAUCAGCUGUUGUACUAAAUUCGUCAGUAGACGGUUCAAUGUUACCUGAUGGAAGCAAUGACAAUCGAAUAAGUGAAGUGGAAUAUCUCUCUAUUUUAUUGGAUUUUUGUCUCCGACGGUUUAUUGAUGAGCCAAUACGUUGUGAAUACAUCAAUACUGUCCAUUUCAAAGAACGUUUUGCUGAUGCUUUAAACUGGACGAAUGGUUUCAUCGCAAAAUUAUCUGGUAGCCGUCUGACCGGUUUAGUCGAACAAUAUUUCGUUGAGUUGGAUAACGAUCAAAUGUCAUUUGAAGGCGGUGAUAUGGAUAUCAUGUUUGAGCCUCGAGAUGCUUUUGUAUCAGAUGUGAAAACAGAAUCACCAUUACAAAUUGGAUUUGUUGAAACAACAAGUUAUCCCGGUUUUUAUUACAUUCAAUAUAAUUCCGAAACAGAAUUUCAUUCGACAUUGAAGCAUUUAGAUAUUUUUGAAGAACGAAAUGAUAAACAAUACAUAUCAAGUAAAAAAAUAACGGAUUUGCUACAUAGUGAAUUUGUUAAAUAUGAUCAAAAGGGUCCGUGUGUAACGGAACAGCAUGGGCCAGCUAUGACAGCUUUACUGAAUAAGACAAGAGCACUGCAAGACUUUGUUUUUUCAUUAUCAAUGCCAAACAUACCUUGUCAUGUACUUGAACAAUGGCUCCAUCGCUCCAAGCAGUGGCCAUCAGCACAUGUUAUUGAAAUGGUACGAAAAUCAGUGUGCCAUUUAGUACCUAAACGAUGGCUCGGAAUUAACGAAGGUGAAGAAGAUUCAUUAACAUGGCGUCUAUCGCUAAGCUUUGCAGAAGUGCUGUUGACGGACUCAUGGAACGAACAGGAAAAAGAUUUUUAUCGAUUGUUGAAGUCGUUCAUUCAAGAAUUAGCACCAGACACCAUAUCGUCGCAUCAUAUUAAAACAUUUCUCUUUACAUAUAUGGAAGGUAAUUAUCUCCGAGUGCAAGAAGCACAAGAACAAGCGGAUUUAUUCCUACAUAUCGUACAAUGUUUGUCACUUGCUUUGAAAACUAAAAGCAUGUCAAAUUAUUUUAUACCUGAUAUCGACAUGCUGCGAUUAAUACCCGAAGAAAAAUGUAUGUUUUUAGCUGAAAAAUUGGAGGGUGUUUCCAUGGGGUUUCUACCACGUUAUACAAAAGUAUUUCCUUUCAACGUGAAAAUUUCAGGGUUUGUAGAGCUCAAUGAGGCAAUCAUUUUGACCGAUUUAGAUUUUGCAAAAUAU